AGCAACGGCAGCAGUCAGCCGUAGUAUCGCGAGAAUCGUAGUGUCUCACGAGUCUCAUUGUUUGCUAUAGUGGCGGAGUAUAAACAGGCGAAGCAGUCGAGCUUUUGUUCGUAAAUUAAGACGAGCUCGUUCGCGUUGUGCACAUCCUCGACGAUGAAAAUCGGCACGAAUCAAUUCGAGAGCAUCUGUUAAGUAUCCGUCGACGAGUGUCAUUUCUCGCCUAUCUACUUCUAGAUGCAAUAGUACUAUGAUAGUGCCGAGUAGCGUCGAGUGCAACGUCAAAGAUGUCGAUCGACCCCUCGGAUCACGUAAACGUCUUGGUCUCAACGAGCGUCAACAGCAACAACGACAACAAUCAGGGCGCAGAUGACAGCGACGAUGACAUACUGCCCAUCUCUUCGUGCGCCCAACGCAUCAGUCCCAGUGAGGCUCAACGGGGCGGUGCUGCUGCUGCUGCUGACUCCUUCGGAAAUUCCGAGAUCGCGAGCAACGUAACUCGACGAAAUACUCCGUCUUUGUAUUCCAGCAGCAGAGCCAGCCAUUCCAACAAUACCGAAAGCCGUGCGACCUUUGGACAUGACACGGAAAGUGCCUCCACCAGGCACAACGUGCGAUUCUACUCCGAGGACCAAGUGUCGCCCGGAUCGACCAAUUUUCUCUCUAGCAGAUACGAGAGUUUAGAUUAUGAUAUCUAUGAAAACCAUUUAUUGCAAGAUGAAGAGAGACACAAAGGAUACAAGUACGUCGUUAAGAAGAAUAUUGCAAGAUGGUUUAUUUUCCUAUUGAUAGGCAUUUGCACUGCUAUCAUUGCGUGCCUCAUAGAUAUUUCAAUUGAAUUAAUUUCCAAAUGGAAGUAUGGAUCUCUGAGAGACUUCGUUGAUAAUUGCAUUGCCAGAGAUGAUAACAGCACUUGCUUAUGGAUUCCAUAUUUGAUGUGGAUGUUUUACAAUAUUGUUCCUGUAUUUAUUGGUUCAAUGUUGGUUACUUUCAUUGAACCUAUAGCAGCUGGAAGUGGAAUUCCUCAAGUUAAAUGUUAUUUAAAUGGCAUUAAAAUCCCAAGAGUUGUUAGGAUCAAAACUUUAUUUGUUAAAUGUAUUGGAGUUGUUACAUCUGUUGUUGGUGGACUUGCUGCAGGAAAGGAAGGACCAAUGAUACAUGCUGGGGCUGUAGUUGCAGCUGGAUUAUCCCAAGGAAAAAGCACAACUUUUAAAAAAGAUUUAAAUAUUUUUCGAUACUUCAGAGAAGAUCAUGAAAAAAGAGAUUUUGUAUCUGGAGGAGCUGCUUCUGGUGUUUCUGCAGCUUUUGGUGCUCCAAUAGGAGGUGUUUUAUUUAGUAUUGAAGAGGGUACGAGCUUUUUUAACCAAAGUUUGACAUGGAGAACAUUCUUUGCUAGCAUGAUCUCAACAUUUACACUGAACAUAAUUUUAAGUGCUUAUCAUGGGCACCCAGGAGAUUUAUCUUUCUCUGGCCUUUUGAAUUUAGGAAAAUUUGAAAGCAUCUCUUAUCAGAUAUAUGAAAUUCCUUUGUUUAUAAUGAUGGGCACUAUUGGAGGUUUAUUAGGUGCCUUAUGGAAUCACAUAAAUUACAAAAUUACAUCAUUUCGCAUGAAAUAUGUUAGAAAUAAAUGGGUUAAAGUUUUUGAAGCUGUAUGCGUUGCAAUAAUGAGUGCCACAAUGGGUUAUAUGAUGAUAUUCUACAUAGAUGAUUGUAAAACAAUAGGUAGAGAUCCAACUGAAAAUCCUGUUAAAAUGUAUUGCAAUGAUAAUGAAUACAGUGCUGUGGCUGCUUUAUGGUUUCAAACACCCGAAAGGAGUGUUCGUUCUUUAUUUCAUGAUCCUGUAGGAUCACAUAAAGAUAUAACUUUGGCAGUCUUUGUUGUAUUUUAUUUCAUACUUGCUGCUUUUACUUUUGGAUUAUCUGUAUCUGGGGGAUUAUUUAUUCCUUCGUUACUCAUUGGAGCGGCUUGGGGCAGACUCGUUGGCUCUGGAUUAGCAAAACUAUUUCCUGGAUAUACUUUUGUCAACUCAGGCAAAUAUGCUCUCCUCGGUGCUGCUGGUCAGUUGGGAGGAGUUGUCAGAAUGACAAUAAGUUUGACAUGUAUACUAAUUGAAGCAACCCAAGGUAUAUCAAUCGGUUUACCAAUUAUUAUUGUUCUUGUUAUGGCUAAGUGGGUGGGAGACUUUUUCAAUGAGGGUAUUUAUGAUAUUCACAUACAAAUGGGAGGAAUACCUCUCUUACCAUGGGAAGCUCCUCCACUAUCAAACAAUAUUUAUGCAAGUGAUAUAAUGAGUCAACCAGUAGUAACGGUCAAAACAACUGAAAAUGUCGGCCAUAUAGUAGAAAUGUUGAAAUGUGUGUCAUUUAAUGGUUUUCCCGUUGUAGAUCCUCCAAGCAGCGACGGGAGUGAAAUAAACUGUUACGGACGACUGCGCGGAAUGAUACUUCGUUCGCAGUUAAUCGUGCUGUUGCAAAAUAAGAUAUUCAAUAGGUACCAUGAGAGAUGGGGCAGAACUUUGAGCAUCGAAAUGUUCAGAAGCGAAUAUCCUAGAUACCCGACGAUAGAUAAAGUUAGCGUAACCGAAGAAGAAAAGACGGACGACAUAGACUUGAGGCCUUUCAUGAAUCCCUCACCUUAUACUCUUAAGCACUCUGCAACACUACCACGAGCAUUCCGAUUAUUAAGAGCUCUCGGCCUACGGCAUUUACCGGUCGUGAACGAUCUCAACGAGGUCGUGGGAAUGAUCACGCGCAAGGAUGUAGCCAGGUAUCGCAUUUGGAAGCAUCAAGGACGCAUGGGCCUCGACGAGCUGUCGAUUACAAAUAAAAUUUGAAAAGAGACAUGUAUUUUUUUACUUUUCCAAGAUAGUGCACGUACACGUACACAAUUUAUUACUCGACUGUAAUUGAGAAAAUGUUAUAAAAUGCAAAAACACAAGCAUAUUUUUUUGUAAAAAAAAUCUUGAAUAUUUAU